AUGUUUAUGAGUCAAAAUUCUUUGAAAAAAUUUCAUUUUUAUCCUAAUUUAAAUUACAUUCCAGAUAUACCAUUUGUCACAUAUCCUGGGGCAAAGAAUUGUUUGAAAAACCUUUCAGAGUUAACCUGUGGUUCAAGUAUCAAUCCUAAAUAUUUUUAUCAGCUAUCUCAACUAUGUCAUAAAUUAGAAACAUUAAACGUAACCUUUGAAGAGGUGAUUUCAAAUGAAUUUGGCGACUUACUUUCCGUUCAACAAAAUCUAAAGCAUUUGCACGUAACUCACACCUCAAAAUGCAAAGAUUUGACGGAGAUAGGUCCUUAUUUAAAUAGAAUUCCCCCCACUUUAACCGUCUUUGUUCUCUAUGGGGAAUUUCAUCAUAUGUCAUUGGAUUUCGUUAACAGGUUCUCCAAUUUACGAGAGCUGGUAUUAUUUUUUUGUCAUUCUAAUUACUUUCGAAAUUUACAAUACACUUCCUUUCCAGAGUUACGAAUCUUGGAGUUUAAAUAUGAAUGUCCGAAACAUGAUUAUUUGGUUAACUUCCUAGAGAUCAACGGGAUGAAUUUAACAGAGAUUCGUAUAUGUAGGUCAAAGGAUUCAUUAAAUUUGGCCAUUGCUCAAUUUUGUCCGAAUUUGAAUUCCUUGUACACGAUAUUUAGGUAUGGGGAAGUGGAAACGUUGAAAUUAAUCUUGACUAGGUGUCAAAAGUUAGAAAGUUUAAAGAUCUUGUGCGGUAAUUACCAUUUGAAUGAAUGCAAACUGUUGGAGAUUGUCGCAAAUCAUUCAUCUAAUACCUUUCAUGAGUUAAAAGUAUGUGCAGUUCAUGUACAAUCAGAAUUAUUUUCAAAAGAAUUAGAAUCUAUCUUGAUAAAUCCCAUACCACCAAAAUUAAUUUCGUUGGUCAUUGUCAAAGGUAUUAAAGGAUUUAGCGCUUUAAAAGUUAAUAUGGAAGCAAUCGAAACAUUUAUAAAUUUGGGUAUCAUUAAAAAAUUCAGAAUUGCAAAUUUUGGGGAAUAG